AAAAAUAUAUGGAAUUCAUAGAAUGGACUAAUCUUAUUGUGUGACAUAAUCUGUGGUGAUCACGUGACAUUGAUUGUAAAAACAACCAAACAAGCCUCAAUUUAACCGCUUCGAGACAUUAAAGUACAAGAACUUUGGAAUGAGUCUUCGGAAUAGGAAAACUUCGUAAUAGAAGAGUUCCAGUGUAUUUGCCGAAGUAAUUACGCGGGAUAGCGCAUAUGCAGAUGUCCUUAUAACUAUGUUGAGUGUCGCGAGAUUUCAUACGAAAAUACUAGGAGCGUACAACGCUACAAGACAGAUACUUAGCCGACAAUACUUGUUCACUAACGCGAGAACCGAUGUCGUGCGAUACAAUAUUUCCUCGAGGGAAUGCCGAUCGUUCCUAUUACAAAAGAGAUCAUUCAAACAAGAGAACGUCGUAACUCGUAAUUAUGCCUCAAAGCCAAAUAGUAAACAUGACAAAAUCGUGGGGUCUUGGUUGCUCAUCUGUGGUGGCAUGGUUUUUGUAGCAGUAGCACUAGGCGGUGUAACAAGACUCACUGAAUCAGGCUUGUCCAUGGUUAAUUGGAAAUUGCUGGGAGAGAAAAUGCCUCUCAACGAAGCUCAAUGGCUCUCUGAGUUUGAACAUUAUAAGCAGUUUCCUGAAUAUAAAAUAUCUAACUAUGAUAUGACGUUGGAGGAGUUCAAACGUAUUUGGUGGAUGGAGUACUUACAUAGAACUUGGGGACGUUUAAUUGGCGCCGUAUUUGUAAUUCCAGCAGCAUAUUUUUGGUAUAAGGGCAUGCUGCACCUUGGAAUGAAAAAACGUCUUGUUAUAUAUGGAUCGCUGCUUGGUCUACAAGGUCUUAUGGGAUGGUAUAUGGUUAAAUCUGGAUUAGAGGAUCGUUUUGUAGAACCUUCCGAUAUACCGCGGGUGUCGCAAUAUCGUUUAGCCGCGCAUCUCGGAUUAGCAUUAUUUUUGUACUCUGGAUUUCUUUAUAAUGCUUUAUAUUAUCUCAUUCCUGCUCAAAAGCUAACUGUUGACCUUUCGGGAACAAAUACGCUGAAAGCAUUGAAAAGGUUUAGAGGAUUAAUCUACUCGACAAAAGGAUUGGUAUUUUUCACUGCUUUAUCAGGAGCAUUCGUAGCUGGAAUGGACGCUGGCCUUAUUUAUAAUACUUUUCCAAAAAUGGCAGAUAAAUGGAUACCUGACAAUAUACUUGCCAUGUCCCCUGUAUUAAAAAACUUUACUGAAAAUCCAACUACAGUUCAAUUCGAUCACAGGAUUUUGGGAGUCACUACUCUAGCAUUAAUUACUUGUGUGGGUAUUCUGUCUCGUAAACAUAAUCUUCCCGGUCGGGGAAAGAAGGCGGUAGCUGCGAUACUUUGUGCUGGUUACCUUCAGGUACUUUUAGGCAUCUCAACUUUAUUAUACCAAGUUCCUUUAUCGCUAGCCACGUUACAUCAAUCUGGUAGUCUUAUACUUUUAAGUACUGCAAUGUGGGCGGCUCACGAAUUGAGGCAUUUAGGAAAAUAUGCUAAACAAAUUGUAAAAUAGUGACUAUAAUAUAUAUUACAGAUUUUUGUAAUAUUUUUUACAGAUUAAAAAUAAAAAGAAUAUUUAUUUACAAAA